AUGGAGAACCCCGGGGAACUUCCCCGUCGCGAGGAUUUCCGGGUUGGUUGGAUUACAGCACUCUACAACGAGUAUCUCGCUGCACGACAAGUGCUUGACGUGCAAUACGAAGACUUUGAACUUAGUCAACAUGCCAAUGAUUCCAAUCACUACACAUUUGGGCGGAUUGGGAAGCUUCAUGUUGUCAUUGCUUCCCUUCCCGCUAGUUUGAUCGGAACACAUUCUGCUUCUGUUGUUGCCAAUGGCUUAAGAAACACCUUCCCAUUGGUUCGGUUUGCACUCAUGGUGGGGAUCGCCGGGGGUGCUCCAACAGAAAAGAACGACGUGAGGCUCGGCGAUGUCAUUAUCGGAACCACGACGAUUCCUUACUCCUUCAUCAAGCAACACCCAGAUCGGCGCGAGGCCAUUGGUCACAACGUUAUUUCUGCGCGUGAUCUCUUAUCAACAAUAAACAGCGUCCGAGCAAAAAUGGCAGAAGGUUCUAUGAAGUUGGACGACAUCGUUUCUUCCAGGUUCAACAGAAAUGAAGAAAUCAUAGAUAUCUUCCAGCGCCCGCACAGUGGUUCUGAUCGCCUAUACCGGUCGGACUAUACGCAUUGUAGCUCAUGCGACUGUCUCGGUGCUCAUUCAGAUAAUUCCGACAAACUGGUUCAAAGAGAGGCGCGUAAAGCCUACGCCAAAGUCAAAGUUCACUGUGGCCGAAUCGGCUCGGCAGAUAUCUUGCUUAGAGACGCCAUUGAACGGGACAGAUUGACCGAGGAAUUCAAUCUCCUAGGCUUUGAAAUGGAAUCGGCUGGAAUUUGCUUGCCAGACCUACCAAUUCUUCCGAUCCGAGGCGUCUGUGACUAUGCGGACUCGCAUAAGAACAAACAAUGGCAAGGCUAUGCCGCUGCCGUGGCCGCCGUCUACGCUAGAUGUCUUCUGCAAACUGUCUCUUCCGGAGACUUGUUCACUCCAAAUAAGCCUAUCGAAGGGGAGAAGUUACGCAGAGACAUCGAACAGCUCAUGAAGACCGUGACUGAUGUGACAUCAGGACACCAAACUCACUUAAAAGCACACGACAAGAAAUUUAGUGAGGCUGACGAGAAAUUCAAUCAUGCAAAUUGUGCUAUCCAAGACAUAAGUAUGAUGGUGGCAAUGUUGGAACGGAUUUCCAAACAAACGACUGAAGCAAAUACCAAGGCUUUUGAUGAUGUGAACCGCAAAACGAGCGAUAACACUGAGGCAAUUGCAUUGGUAAAACGCGAAAUUGAAGAUGGACGAACCAAGCUUGAGGAUAUGCUCGAAAAGAUGAAACUUCACAUUCAACAACAACAAGAGUUGAGUCCUCCUGAGCAAAAGCCAAAAUGGGAAAAUCUUCAGGUGCAAGCCCAAAAGGAAAGUUUGUCCUUGGGAAAGAUGACUGAAGAUGUCUUGGAUACUGCAGGAAAUAUGGUUAUUGAAUAUGGUGACGUCCUUGGAAAUGCGAACGUUGAAAAAGCUGGCAGAAUCAUAAAGAUUCAGACACAGCUCUUGUCGAUGGGCAGAAAGUGGAGUUCUAGCACCAAGAAAGCCCCCGCCGACGAAGUGCUUGUGGCGGGACAUGUUCAGCACUCUUCUGAGAUUCCAACAGCGAACACAUCAAGGCCAAUACACCCACGAAACUCUCAGCCAAGACUGCUUGACAUACAAGGAUCAAAUGUUCAGAGUCAGGAGAAGAAACCAGGUGCUCAGCCUAGCACAGGCAGGGCAUGGCCAUUUCCAUUUCCACUUCGAAAAAGGAAUGAACCAGAGUCAGAGAAAACAACAUGCCGUCAGCCUGUGAAUAAACCUCCAGGACCACCUUUACCGCCGCGAAAUACGGCGGUAGUGAUGCCAGGGCCAUUUAGAGACUUGUCUCAAAAAGAUUCUUAUGGCCCACCAAGGAUAAGCAUCGGUUCAGCAUCGGAAACUCCCCAGACUGAAGUGAAAUUUCGAAGAGAGCUUGAUGAUGUUAUCUCCAAAUUGAAUCGACCUUCGUGUCCACCUCGACCAGAGUCAGCGAAAAGGCAGCUAUCAUGCAGUAUAUGCCUGAAAUGCUCACAUGAUGGCUGA